AUCUACAGCUCGGCGGUCCUAACCCCUUUGAUACGCCAUGUCGAGAACCAAUACGCUUCAUUAUCCGCCAAGGAAAGAAGCGCGCUCGAGAAAGAGCUGGACGAGUCGGACCAAUCCAUCUUCAUCGGCUUCCCCUUUACAACGACAAGAGUACCUUCGAAACCGUACAAUCCCGACGACCCGGAAGUGGAUAGGUUCAGUGAGGUGUACAGAGACCAAAAACUGCAGGCCCGGAUACGACGUACGUCGCGCCCCGUCGGAGAGCAAAGCAUCCCAUACUGUGGUUGAGAAAAUGUGCUGACGGGACACACAUAUUCGCCAGGUGACGCGGCCGAAAUCGCCAUGAAGCAUUUGGAAUAUUAUAUUGGACGCCGGCUCGGAAAAAUCAAGCGAGUCUCGAAAUACUGGAUCGAUAUCGAUUUUCCAACUCGGCCAGCACCGACUUUUGAACGCUCGGGUAUCCUGAUCGAUGACAAGGGGAUCUACUGGGCCUCGGAACCCAUCGAUUCGGGAAUGCUGUUUAACCUGUACAAGAUCAUGUGGCCCGUCGCCGUCGCCAAGUCGACCUGGGCCUUCACGACCGCCAUGGCGAAGCAGCACUGGGCGGAGCUCACCAAAGCGCUGGGCUACCACGCCUCGCCGCCGCCCCCCGCGACCUCGCAAUCGAUGGUGGAGGCACUCGCGCGCUCCAAGGUGCCGACGAGCCGGCGGCAGACGCCGGACGGCGGCAGCAGUCCCGUCGAAACACCACCCCAGAACAGCGCCGGCGGCCCGGCCAACAAGGCAGCCGGGUCGUCGUCGUCGUCGUCGUCGUCGUCGCAACAACAACAACAACAACAACAACAACAGCCCGGCGCUCCCCGCAGCGGGGGAAAGACCAACUUCCUCAAGGACACGAUGCUGCCCCACGUCGACGGCAUGCGCGAGAUGUCGUCGGGUCCUUGGUUGGCGUUCCGCGAGAAGAUGUUCAGGACGUGGAGACACGAGAGGGCGUCCCCCCCGCGCGGCAGCUUUCGUGUCGCCGGCACCGUCGAGGUCGAGACCACGAGGGGGUCUGUCACGCUCGAUGUCGUGAGUCACUGGGAUACCAAGACGCGGAAGUUCGACCCGAGGUCCGUGGGCGUGUACAUCAAGAGGUUUCGGAUAGGAGAUGCUCAUUGAGGGGGGUUUGUGUAGAGGGGGGGUUGUCUGGCGUCGUUGCUUUACACUCACGCACUCCGUUGUUGGGGUGUCGGGGAACGGGGUAUUGGUCUCGCAGAGGAGGACAUCCGAAAAGAAAGGGUAGAGGAGCUACAUACGGUAGUAGGGCCGGCAGGAAAUACCGCACCAAGCCGUUCGAGGAGAUUCUUCAGACUGUCUUCGAGGACGAGUCCCUUUUCGGGGGCCACUACAUAGACCCCGGGAGUUAUAGGACGAGGGUCGCAGUCACAUCCACCUCGGCCGACUACGGGAAGCACACCGGUCGUGCUGGCCAACUACAACCGGCCGGACGAGUCCCCGUGUAAGC